AUGGAUCGUUCAACAAAACCAAGCUUCAAUUUUGUGAACCUCAAACACCCCGACGAUCUCAAGAAUGAGGAGACGCAGCUUCGCAUCAGGCGUCUGGCUAUGACCGAGGUGGGCAAAGCGCGAAGGAAACCAAAAACAAAGCGGGCGCGCAAUGAGCUCGUCCUCGAGUUUCGAGACCCAUCUGAGGGCCGCAUAAACAUCGAUCGCUUCGGCGGUGGCCAGCUCGACCCAUCUAAUCCUUAUCCGAUAGAGCUUGACGACUCUGCCCGAGCGCUACUUGCAAAUGUCUUCAGUGCUGAUGACAACGACCACCCAUCAGUACUCCGCGGUUCAUGGUAUCCAGUUGGGCUGAGCGACGCGGCUGCCUUCCACAACAUGUUGGCCAACUCCCAGAACUUCCUUUUCCAGAAGCGCAAUGGGUAUUUUCCUUCGCAGGAUGAUGCAGUAGCACUGAAGCAUCAUCACAAAGCCCUGCGCCAUACGACAUUGAUUAUGAAAGAUCCCGCUAAGCACAAGAGCGAUGAGGUGAUUUGUGGAGUGGUUUCUUUUAUGAUACACAAUGCUCUACUUGGAGACUUUACACACUGGCAAAAACACAGCAACGCGCUGGUUAGAAUGGUGGGACUUCGAGGUGGAUACGAUGCUAUAGACAAGGAGCACCUCCGACUCACAGUGAGCUGGGCAGACCUCAUUGGUAGCUUCUACCAAGAUCACCCACCUAUCGUCCCAAUGCCACAGCAAUGGAUCGCAGACUCCAGAUCUCCGUCUAAUUCUCCGCGGCCAACUAAUAAUGCUCCAUCUUUGACUUGGAAGCAGCAACUACCCAUGCAUCUAGACUGGAUCACCAUCUUCGAUGAUAUCGUUCAGCUUAUUUCACUUGACCAGACGUUCAACGAGAAGCAAUUGAUGUUGGCCAUUACGAGCGGUAGUUGGAUGGAGCCGACACUAUACCGGCUUCUAGCUACACGCCCGCUAAACCACGGAAACGACCGAGAACAAGUGAUUGAAGAAGUCUGCAGGUUGGGAACACUUCUAUUCCUAUCGCCAUUCUGGAGAGCACUAGGUCAAUCCCCGGUACGGACAUCCGCCAUCUCUCACAACCUUCUACUUGUCCUCACAACGAACAUGACCGAAUGGAACGAACUAAAGCCACUGCUUAUCUGGGUCAUUUAUUUCGCCGCGAUCGAAACGAAAGAUCUCGCCGAAAGGAGCCAAUUUGUGUUCAUGCUUGGCAUCCUAAUGAGCGGCCUGCAGCUGCAAGAAUGGGAUGACAUUAUGCACAUAGUCAAAAGCGUGUUAUGGGUGGAUAAACUUUUUGCAGGCACAGAUGAGCUAAUCCGCGACGAGGUCAUGCAGAUUGUCAAUCACAAUCCCAUGACUUUGCUUCCCGCGGAUACUCCACCGGGUUUCUUGGAAGAUUUUGGGGCUGAGAUAGAGUAG